AUGUUGGUGGACUUGUUGAUGGUCUCUCCAGAGUCUGCUAGGGCUGAGACAGCCCAGUGUCGCAGACCGUACGUACGCCUGCAAUGGAGUGCAACCAAUGUCCAUGUUGUCUACUUGGAGGCCCUUCGUGACCUCAGUAUGACGGAGAGGUACGCUAGGGGAGUGGCUGCUUUAGUGCAUAUGUACGACCAGCUGAACAAUGCAUCUAUGAGCCACAACCGACAGCUUGGCGGUUACAUCACAUUGCUGCAGUGCUGGAUUUACGAGCACUUUCCGUCGGUCGCGGACUCCACUGCUGAUCAGGAGUACGACGAGGAUUCUCCACGUUCGUGUAGGUGGAUUGCGACCAAGAAGACCGUGAAGAGCAUUCGUACGCCGGCAUACAGGGAUCGCCUGGACCGACUCCGGAUUCCAGAUGUCUGUUGGAUCCCUUAUGGGGAGCACCGGGAGGUCCGGGACUUCCACGUCAGAUCGUGCUAUUCCGGUCUCUUGCGCUGGGGGCCUGUUGCUAUUUAUUACCGACCAGAGAGGAUCGUGUGGCAGUUUGGCUACACGCAGAUCAUUCCUGAUCCUUCUGUCGAUUCAUGGGUCUCGUAUGAUGAUAUACAUGAUAGGUGGAUGCACUACGAGGAUCAUAUCGUACCAGCAUGUGAGGUGUGCGUUGUGCCAGGGGCGUGUUCCAGUGACUACAUGGACUGGUUCUUCCGCAUCUCUCAUCCUUUCAUGACAUCAGGCCACACAUUAGAUCCUUUGCCUCAUGGUCACGCCCCACAGCCCUGA